CACUGGCGCGAAUUCUGGUCUCAGUGGUCAGAAUCCUGGAACCAUGGCUCUCGCGUCCCGGAAGGGGCGCGGAGGCCCACGCUCCCGCAGUAAAGAUGGGGAAACUGAGGUCCCGAGCCUGGCGCUCCACCGCCCGCGGAGAAGGGGAAGGGGGCGCGUCCUGCCUCGCGGGCCGCCUGGCGCCGGGGCCGCCCCCUCCCGCCCCCCGCGCCGGGUCCCCCCGCCCCGUCUUUGCCCUCGCGACGCCGCCACCCCGGGAGCGAGUCAUGGUGGCUGCACUGGUGGCGGCGUGGCUGCUCCUGGCGGUCGCGGCCCGCGCGCAGCGGGAGCAGGACUUCUACGACUUCAAGGCGGUCAACAUCCGGGGCAAGCUGGUGUCGCUGGAGAAGUACCGCGGGUCGGUCUCCCUGGUGGUGAACGUGGCUAGCGAGUGCGGCUUCACAGACCAGCACUACCGAGCCCUGCAGCAGCUGCAACGGGACCUGGGGCCCCACCACUUCAACGUGCUUGCCUUCCCCUGCAACCAGUUUGGCCAGCAGGAGCCUGACAGCAACAAGGAGAUCGAGAGCUUUGCCCGCCGCACCUAUAGCGUCUCUUUCCCCAUGUUUAGCAAGAUUGCAGUCGUCGGCACUGGAGCCCACCCUGCCUUCAAGUACCUGACCCAGACUUCUGGGAAGGAGCCCACCUGGAACUUCUGGAAGUACCUAGUGGCCCCAGAUGGGAAGGUUGUAGGGGCUUGGGAUCCAACCGUGUCGGUGGAGGAGAUCAGACCCCAUAUCACAGAACUUGUGAGGAAGCUCAUCCUGAAGAAGCGAGAAGACUUGUAACCACGUUCCCUCCUCUCCCACUGUCCCCUUACCCCCAUCUUGCAUGGGUGACCAAAGCAAACUCAAAUGGUGCUUCAAAGGGAGAGUCCAUUGACUCCUUCCUCCAUUCUUAUCCCACCUACCCCACCACUCCUGUGAGGGA